AUGGCAACUCCGGGUGGACCUCGUCCAGGGAAUAUCCCACCAAUUUAUACCCCUAAUUCUCUUGCUAAUAAAAUGCAAGAGUUGCAAAUUAAUCAACCUAAUCUGCCACAGUCAAAUAAUCCUACUGUUGGUGCCUCUAGACCACCUAUCACUACACCAUUUGGUCAGCAGCCUCCAACUUUUGCUGGAACCCGACCAGGUCCACCUUUGCCCAGUGCCUUUAUGAGGGGGCCUGUGCUCCCUAGCCCUAGUGGUCCCCCAAGUACAUUGUCACGAAAUGUGGCAUCUGAUAGGCCCAUUGCCCCACCACCUGGAUCUCAGCCUUCUCCUCGUUUCACUUCGAGACCGCUCCCUCCUGGGUCGCUGCCAUCUUCUAUGGGUGGUGCCACUCUUUCCCUUGCCAGUGGUUCUUCGCCGCAAUUGGGACCUGGUCCUCAUCAACAACUAUUCGCGUCUUCUCCUUUGAUGUCGGGUCCUGCUGCCCCACCACCAUUAAGCACUUCUGGCCCACUUAGUAAUGGACUCCCCAGGAUCACACCUGCGCAACUCCAAGAUGGCCCACGUUUCCCUCCUGUCAUGGGUAGUACACCACGGCCACCUCCAAUUGCAGCACCACAGCCAGCAAGAAUGCUGUCAUCUGGCUCAUCUUCUCAGCAUCCAUUACUACGGCCGAACUUCGGUGGCCCAUCUGCUAGCGCAUCACUGGCCACGGCGCAACCAGGUCCACCAUCUGCAUCACCACAAAACAUGACGCCUUCUCCGGCUCCAUCACCAUUUUCUGCACCAAUUCAAAGUGUGCCUCCAUCAUCAGGCUCUCCUUAUGGGAUGCAGACGUGUAUGUCUCAACAACAGCAGGUUGCUCCACCUCCCCCAUUUCCUGGUCUGCAACCACCGAGAAUGUAUGGAAUGCCACCACCACUUCCAAAUCAAUCCAUGGCUCCUACAUCUCCUGCUUUGGGUCAUACUGGGGCUGUAGUGACAGCACAAUCAAUGGUUGAUCUCAAUCACAUUCCUCGCCCUAUCCCAAGUUCUAUUGUGAUUCUGCACAUGACCCGUCAAGGCAAUCAGGCAAACCCUCCUCCGCCUGCAACAAGUGAUUAUAUUGUCAAAGACACUGGGAAUUGCAGUCCACGUUUUAUGAGGUGCACUAUUAAUCAGAUUCCAUGCACUGUGGACCUUUUAUCAACAUCUGCAAUGCAGUUGGCUUUACUAGUCCAGCCUUUGGCUCUUCCUCAUCCUUCUGAGGAACCAAUCCAAGUUGUGGAUUUUGGGGAAAGUGGGCCUGUUCGAUGUUCUCGCUGUAAAGGUUACAUAAAUCCAUUCAUGAAGUUUAUUGAUCAAGGCAGGCGUUUCAUUUGUAACUUGUGUGGAUUUACAGAUGAAACUCCACAUGACUAUCACUGCAACUUAGGUCCCGAUGGCAGGCGUAGAGAUGCUGAUGAAAGGGCUGAGCUAUGCAGGGGGACAGUUGAGUUUGUAGCUUCCAAAGAAUAUAUGGUCCGAGAUCCAAUGCCUGCUGUAUAUUUCUUCCUUAUUGAUGUAUCAAUGAAUGCCAUACAAACAGGUGCAACUGCAGCAGCUUGCAGUGCAAUUAACCAAGUUAUAGCUGAUCUUCCUGACGGUCCUCGAACAGCGGUGGGCAUUGCUACAUUUGAUUCAAAUAUCCAUUUUUACAAUCUAAAACGUGCAUUGCAGCAGCCUUUGAUGCUUAUAGUCCCUGACAUACAAGAUGUCUACACUCCUCUCGAAAGUGAUGUUAUUGUUCAACUUUCUGAGUGCCAUCAACAUGUAGAGAUAUUGCUGGAAAGCAUCCCAACGAUGUUUCAGAAUAAUAGAAUAGCUGAUUCAGCUUUUGGGGCUGCGAUAAAGGCUGCUUUCUUGGCGAUGAAAAGUACUGGCGGCAAACUUCUCGUUUUCCAAUCUGUCUUGCCUUCAAUUGGCACUGGAUCCCUUUCUGCUCGGGAAGCUGAUGGAUGGAGAAACAUAUCAGCAGGAGAAAAGGAGGCUAACAAAUUACUCCAACCGGCAGACAAAACUCUAAAAACAAUGGCCGUAGAAUUUGCUGAAUACCAGAUCUGUGUUGACUUAUUCAUUACAACUCAAACAUACGUAGACAUUGCUUCCAUCUCUGUCAUUCCGAUAACGACAGGUGGCCAGGUUUACUAUUAUUAUCCUUUCACCGCUCUUUCUGACCCUGCUAAGCUUUACAAUGAUCUUCGGUGGAAUGUUACAAGGCCCCAAGGCUUUGAGGCAGUAAUGCGUGUAAGAUGCAGCCAGGGUAUUCAAGUUCAAGAUUACUCUGGAAACUUCUGCAAGCGCAUUCCAACAGAUGUUGAUCUACCUGCUAUUGACUGUGACAAAACAAUAAUGGUAACACUAAAACACGAUGAUAAAUUGCAGGAUGGCUCAGAAUGUGCUUUCCAGUGUGCUCUUCUUUACACCAAUGUAUAUGGCCAAAGAAGAAUUCGGGUCUCAACCUUGUCUCUGCCUUGUACCACCUUGCUGAGUAAUUUGUUUCGGUUUGCUGACUUAGAUACCCAAUUUGCUUGUAUCUUGAAGCAAGUGACUAGUGAAGUUCCUUCAACUCCACUCCCACAAGUCACGGAGAAACCAAAAAACCUUUGUAUAAACAUUCUGCAUUCAUAUCGCAAGUUCUGCGCAUCAGCUUCUGCUUCUGGACAGCUUAUUCUUCCUGAGGCACUUAAAUUGUUACCUCUGUACACGCUUGGUUUACUCAAAAGCUGUGGAUUGCAAGCUAAUGGAAGAAUUGAUGAUAGGUCCUUUUGGAUUAAUUAUGUUUCCCAUUUAUCUACUCAUUCGGCAAUCCCAUUGGUAUACCCUAGGAUGAUAGCCAUUCACAACCUUGAUGAGAAGGAGAUGGAUGAUUCCCUCAUUCCCGAGACAGUUCCACUUUCCAGUGAGCACAUCACUGAUGAGGGAAUUUAUCUUCUUGAGAAUGGUGAAGAUUGUUUAAUUUAUGUUGGUAACUCUGUCAAUCCGGAUAUAUUGCGCAAGUUGUUAGGCAUUUCAUCGGUUGAAGAAAUCUCUCGUCAGUUUGUACUGCAGCAAUAUGAUAAUCCAUUGUCAAAGAAGCUGAACAAUAUUGUCAAUGAGAUGAGGCGUCAGAGAAGUUCCUACCUACGCUUAAAAUUGUGCAGAAAAGGAGAUCCAUCAGGUACAACGUUUUUCUCCUACAUGGUAGAGGACAAGACUCCAGGCGGGCUUUCAUAUGUCGAGUUUCUAAUACAUAUCCAUCAACAUAUUCAAAGAAAAAUGCCUUGA